CGUCCUAACAUUGGAUCAUCCAAACAAAGCCUAAUGGAGGGGUAUUUUUGGAAUUUGAGUAGUCACCCAAAAUAGUUCUCACUUUCUUCUUCUUCUUCUACACGAAAUCUACAACUCUCUUUAUACUGAAAAAAAACCCUAAAUCAGCAAUCAGAAGGAACACAAAAAUGAGUAGAGGAAGCGGAGGAGGAUACGAUCGUCACAUUACCAUUUUCUCUCCCGAAGGUCGUCUCUUCCAAGUUGAAUAUGCUUUUAAAGCUGUGAAGGCAGCUGGAAUUACAUCUAUUGGUGUUCGUGGGAAGGACUCUGUUUGUGUUGUUACUCAGAAGAAAGUCCCUGACAAGCUAUUGGAUCAGACCAGUGUAUCCCAUUUGUUCCCAAUUACCAAGUAUCUCGGACUAUUGGCUACUGGCAUGACAGCUGAUGCAAGAACCUUGGUUCAACAAGCUCGAAAUGAAGCUGCUGAGUUUCGUUUUAAAUAUGGAUAUGAAAUGCCAGCAGAUGUACUGUCUAAAUGGAUUGCAGACAAGUCUCAGGUUUACACACAGCAUGCCUAUAUGAGGCCCCUGGGAGUAGUUGCUAUGGUUUUGGGCAUUGAUGAGGAGAAAGGGCCCCAACUCUUCAAAUGUGACCCUGCUGGUCAUUUUUUUGGUCACAAGGCUACAAGUGCUGGAUCUAAAGAGCAGGAGUCAAUUAAUUUCUUGGAGAAGAAAAUGAAAAAUAACCCUGCUUUCUCCUAUGAGGAAACUGUUCAGACUACAAUUUCUGCUCUUCAAUCUGUUCUGCAAGAGGAUUUCAAGGCCAGUGAAAUUGAGGUUGGAGUUGUGAGGAAGGAAGAUCCCGUCUUUAGAGUGUUAUCUACUGAGGAAAUCGACGAGCACUUAACAGCCAUCAGCGAGCGUGACUGAUUAGCCACGGGAUAACAGUCUGUUUUCAGUUAGAAAUGUAUGUUUGCGCUAUCUCGACUUGCAAAAGAUCCCGUUUGAUUGUCAGUUGGUGGGAAUAGACAGAAUCCUUCUGCAUAUGUUGAUACUGAGUUUCUAAUCGUUGAAUGUAACAUUUCUUGGGAUCUUCUUAGUUUCAACAAAAAUGUUUGAAUGCCUACUGCCUGGGAUUAUAUUUAAAUUUUACGUUGAGCGUUUCA